AUGUCUGCCACCCGGAAGGGUCCAAGAGGCAAGUCUCUCCGUACGGACGACGCAAGUUCUGACAGUUACGUCCCCAUUUCUCUGCGUGAGUUCAUUUGCAAGGCUUGGACUGAGGUUGGAUACAGAGGUGGUGUCAUGUUCUGGAAGACGCACCUCGGCGAAGAUAACAGCGACACCGGUGUGAUGGCUGCUCGUUGCGAUGGGUCUUCUGCUGACAUCCCGGACUCCAAUCGUGCGACCGCCACUACUCCCGCGGCUGCCCCUGCCGCCACUUCUAGUCCUAUGGCCACACCUGCUCCCGUGCUUGCGAUACUUGAAUAA